AUGUCCAGUGAUGGUUCUAUUGUCGGUCAUCCCCGAUUAUUCCAUGAUCUUACAAAAUUACUCGACGAAGCGGUCUCCAGACUCCUACUCCGGCCCACUCCAUCAGAUGUCACAUUAGACUCCAUCUGUGUGCUUCUUCUCUAUGCCCAGUGGAUGCCAUGCAGCAAAGAAGAUGACGAAGAUGAGAAUUCUGAGCGCCAACGUACCUAUCACGAACCUAAGACCAAAAGUCGAUACAACGAAAUCAGUGCUUGGGUUGUCUUAGGAUUAGCAGAACGAUACUCUGUCCUACUGGGCCUCGAACAAUCAGCCACAUCACUUUUAAAAACCACCAAACAGGUACCAUCCACAGAGGAUCUGAAAAAACUACGAGUGUGGUACAACUUGCUCACAUGCAACUUCAAUCUCAUGCUAACAUCCGGUCUACCUGCAUCAAUUGAUCCUGCUCCAUCGGUCCAGGUAGCGUGGAGGUUUGUCUCUCAUGAUUUGAUGCAGUCCCCUGCGGAUCUUCGAGUAAGCGGACUUGUGGAACUUGUCGGAAUAGUUCACCUUGUUAUGUCUAGUUGUGGGGAUAUAUCUCGCCGUCAAUUGCAACCGAGCUGCUUAGAACGGUUGAACAGUGAUUUGGAUGAUUGGGAGAGAUCUUGGUUUUCUCGUUUAGAGAAAACGGAAUCCCAUUACAACCAUCUGCCAUUCACUUCGGCCCGGUGGUAUCGACUCUCCCUCAAUUGUGCAUCACUCGCACCGCUACUUUCUUCCCCACGGGCACAUCGACGAUCGACAGGUUCAAGUAAACCCCAUUUCCGACAAGCGCUUUCAGUUAGCUUGACCGCAGCAGCGCAGAUAAUAUUAGCACAAUCGAGCUUCAGGGCAGAUAUUGUCUUCUCGGUGGAUUCGCAGGAACUCUCCAGCUUUCCCGACGGGGCAUACAAUGUGGAUCGUGUGUCUGUGAGUCGAUUAUACUACGCGGUGGAUUCAACCUGGAUUUCGCAUACGUUCGCUAUCAUAUUCUUAUGUCUUUGCUAUAUGCGGGGCAUCGUCGACGAAAGCCUACAAAUUUGCAGCCAAGAUUCUAGUCAAGGGGAAGGGAAAAUCUUUACACGCCUUCCAUCUUCCUCUUGUUCAGUUCUCGCUCGAGUCCUUCGUCUUGCAAUAGACAUCUUCGACAGUGUGUGUCCGGCCACGACAUUCCAUUUUGCGCACGACUUCCAAGCCAUUGUUCACUAUGCAGUUGCUUUGGUACUGGUCUCUGAAAAGGACAACCAGCAUAUUGAGGAAAAGGAGAUUGACGAUAUGGCAAUCCAGUCUCUACUAGAUUUGAUGAAUGAUUCUGGUGUUGACUGGGCAGGGAACCUUUUUGGAGAGUCGCUUGAUUUCCCGGAGUUGAAUGUGGACGGGAUGCUGUCAUGA